AUGCCUCGGUAUACCAUACCUGGAGUUGGAAAGUAUAGUAUCACUUCUAUGAAUCGAAGUGCGCGUUUGCGAGGCGACUCUGAAGUAAGAUACACAAGCGACCAUGGCGAUGGUGCUGAAAGUAUUAAAGGACCAAUACAAGCCCAGGUAUAG